GCCACCGUCAGCUGCACAGCUCCUGUACAAAUAAUAAAAAAAUAAUGCUAUAAAAAUAACUUACCAGGUGUAAAAGGAUGAUUUUUGUGGUGGAUUAACAAUGGAGGCGAGGCUGCGCUGCUUGGAUGAUCGACGACUUCCCUCAGCCGGGACACUGGCGCACUAUUUCCCUAUUCACUCCCAAGGAUGCGCAGUAGGACACGCAUUUUUUUCCAAUUAUUUAUCGCCCCUAGCAAAUGGCGUUUAAAAAAAUGUCAUGACAAAUAAAGAAUGAUUCCUGUUAAGUGUUGCAGGGACAUGGGGGCACGCAUGGUGUUGCAAAUGUAAGCGAUAACGAGGCGAUGCUUGUUUUUUUUUUUUUUUGUCUGGGGCCUGUCUGCCUGUUUCGGUCUAUGCGGUACCGUCUGUCUGUCUGUUUCUUAUAAUUAAUGACCCUCACCGCCAGACGCUCCUCUGGGAAACGGUGACCACGGUUACCUCCUUGUUGGCUCUCAGACUGCGGCUCACACACGCACGCACGCACACACACACAAACUGGUUUGGUUUUAUAGAAGUCACUUGUUUGCACUUGCACAAUGCAGCACAUGUGAAAAGGAGUAGGAAGAAGCAGAGCUUAUUAUUCUAAUUCUACCCCUUCCCCACCUCACACCUCAGCAUGCCAGUUUGUUCACUUGCUGUGUUUAACAUGUUCACUUGUUACCUCGGGAAAGAAAAGACUGCUGUGUAUGUGUGUAUUAGAGAUGUGCGAAUCAUGAACGAGUUGUUCAAAAUUCGUGAGUUUUUUAAAUUUUUUUACUGCAAAUAAAUCAGGACUCACAGCUCACGGGUACUCCUUGAAAACUCGAGUUCACCAACUCACGGGCACUUGACGAAAAUUUGAGUAUCACUGACUCAAGGGUACUCGACAAAGACUCAAGUUUCACUGACUCACAGGUGCUUGUCAAAGACCCGAAUUUCACUGGCUCAUUUGGUACUCGACGAAGAAUCUACUUUCACCAAUUCGCGGGUACUUGACAAAAAUUCCAGCUUCACUUAAUCAAAGCUACUCGACAAAGAGUCAUGUUUCGACGACUCACAGAUAUUUGACGAGUCAUGAACGAGUCGUUCAAAAUUUGUGAGUUGGUUUUACUAAAUCAGGCUACUCCGUUAACUCGUACUACGAUGGCGAGCAGUCAACACGUCAUUGAUUGUGCAACUGUGAAUCGAACUGCAUGUGUGUAAAUGUAUUAGCAAAACGACAAAACAAACGAUUCACUCGGUCAGACUGUGAGUUUCAGUGUCUAACGGGUGCUCAACCAAGUCUCGGUUUUCACUGACUCAAGGGUGCUGGAUUAAGACUCGGGUUUCACUGAUGGACAGGUACUUAAUAAAGACUCACAAAUACUCGACAAACUUGAGUUUCAAUGACUCACGGCUACGCAAAGAUUCAAAUUUAGCUGACUCACAGGUGCUUGACGAAGGCCCGAGUUUCACCGACUCAUGGGUACUUGACAAACAUUCGAGUUUCACUGACUCAAGGGUACUCGACAAAGGCUCAAGUUUCACUGAUUCACAGGUGCUGGACGGAAACUUGAGUUUCACUGGCUCACAGGUACUCAAAGACUCAAGUUUCACUGGCUCACGGGUACUCGCUGAAGACUCGAGUUCACCAACUCACGGGCACUUGAUGAAAAUUUCAGUUUCACUGACUCAAGGGUACUCGACAGAGACUAAAGAUUCACUGACUCACGGGUGCUGAACGGAAACUUGCCUUUCGCUGCCUCUCGGGUACACAAAGACUGAAGUUUCACUGACUCACAGGUGCUUGUCAAAGACUCGAAUGGUGUUCUGCAACCUUGUGUUGCAAUCUAUCAGUGCUCUGUUGUAUGUGUCUGUUAUUGUAUUUACUACUGCUACCAGUAGAGGGUGUUGUGUGCUCAUGUUGAAGACGUGUGCUGCUCCACUUGUCUCAAUAUGUAUUUACUUGCCUGGAGCAUAUCAAGAAGCCACAGUAGACAAUUGGCUAAAUAUAGAGCCACAACAGUCCUUAGUGGCUAAGGGAGAACCCGCCCAUUGUGUUCUGAGUCCUGAUUGGCUGUAGACCACUGUCAAUCAAUCUCCUUCGUGCAGUUUCCUGUUGUGGUCAAUAGUCGCUAGCAAACUAGCAAACUGUGUGACAAUCGAAGAAUAAACAAUCGAAGAAGAAAAAGCUAACUGCCCAAAUGAGUCUUUGGUUCAAGGAGUAUGGGAUUUAGAGGAGUGAAUACGUGUGAGUCACUUAAUAAUUUCUUGUGUCCAACCUAGUAGGUUGAUCAUUAAGAUUCUAGGCCACUGUCAAACAAUCUCCUUCGUGCCAUCUCCUGCUGUGGUCAUGGCUACCAAACUAGCUAACCGUGUGAGCUGCUUGCUAACCGCCAAUACUGUAAACAACAGAAGGAACAGAAGAAGCUAACCGUGUGAGGAAAAUAGGACGACAGGAACAAUAUGUCUUAACAAGGAUACAAAAACGCCACAGCCGAACAGCGCCAGGAUGAAGAGGCAACCUACUCCUGGUCAUGUGACUACACUUGAACCCGGAGCACGGUUAAAGCAGACACUAAAGGAGGUGAGGCUGUCGGGAUUAACCACCCGUCAGCAUAUUGACCACGUACAGCACGCUGAUGGCCUCUGCCUGCAAACACCAACACAACAGCAGGACACCUUAGGGACAUCACCACAGUGCUUCACGAUGGCGUCCGUGGCAGAGGAGCUGACCUGCUCCGUCUGCAGAGAUAUCUUUAGCAAACCCCACCCCCUCCCCUGCGGCCACAGCUUCUGCCCUGCCUGCACCCGCGAGGCCUGGGGCGGCCACGGCGAGGGCAAAGGUCACUUUGCGUGCCCCCAGUGCGUGGAGCAGUGCGGCCAAGUGCUGUGUGACUGCUGCUCCCCGGAGGCGGACGAAGGACUGGUUCACGUGGCCGUCAAGACGUGCCUGAGAUGUGAAGUGUCUCUGUGUGCGGAGCACCUCCGGCACCACCUGGACAGGCCGGCGUUUAGCAGCCACUUGCUGGUGGAGCCGCUGGGGGACAUUUCGCUGCGGAAGUGUCCCACACACACGGAGUUGUUCCGCUACUACUGUGCCGACGAGAGGGUUUACGUGUGCGGCGACUGUCUGCUGGAGGGAAGCCAUUUUCAGCAUAAAGUCAAGGGGCUGAGACAGGUGGAAGAGGAUCUGAAGGAUAUUCUUCAGACACUGCUUGGAAAGUCUGAAGAGAAGCUGAAAAAUGGAGAGCAAAUUCUCAAAGACUAUGCCAACAUCGAUUCUACCAUUGCUGAUUCUCUAGUGGAGGAAAAUACCCAAGUGGAGCGCCUGGGCUCAGACCUGCAGGUCCAAGUGGGGAAACUGGUUGAGGCUCUAAUGGAGAUCACUAAGAAGGACAGGGAGCAAAUGAUGGCGCGUGUGCAGGAAGACUGCUCCAAAGUGAGGGAGGACCUGAACCAGACGAUGAGCAUUCAGCACUACUUGGCCUCGCUGUUGGCCGAGACGGACCCCUUCCUGCUCAUCUGGGCCUUUCAGUCUGAUGACACAAAAUUACUACCUGACCUAAACAGUCCGCUUUUCACGCCACAACCAGUCAGUUUAGACAGAAAGCACAUUUUGGAGGACAUCGAGGGCAAAUAUCGAGAGUUUAUCACCGCCACUCUUCGCUGCCUCAGUGAACUCAAGAGGGAGCUGUUAACAAGUCCUCUGACUCUGGACAGCAACACUGCUCAUCCUCUUCUGUGCAUCUCUGACGACCUGCAAUUAGUCUCAAGGCUAAAAAGCCGCCUGCCCCUUGCGGCCCACCCCGAACGUUUCGACCACUGGCCGCAGGUCCUCACGGUUCAGAGUUUCACAGCUGGGACUCACUACUGGGAGAUGGACGCUGAGGGAUUCUGGGACAUCGCCAUCUGCUAUAGGAGUAUUGGACGGAAGGGGAAGGAGGGCAAUGCCUUUGGCAACAACGCGGUCUCUUGGAGUCUGACCCAGCAGCAUGACAGGAAGCUGGCCGCUUGGCACAACCGCAAGAAAACCCGUCUGGCAUACAAAAUGACUGGCAACCGCGUGGCCGUGGCUGUGGACUACAGUGCCGGCACCGUCACCUUCUCUGAAGUGGGACCAUCGAGCAACCUAACCCACGUUCACACUUUCUGGACCACGUUUACUCAGCCAGUGUCCCUGGGCUUUGGACUUUAUAAGUCGGAGCUCAACAGCCAUAUUUCUAUCAUUAAAGUCUAAGGUCUGAGGGUACAAUGCAGACAGAUGCACUUACGGAAAUGUGAUGCUAUUUUAUCCUGAGCGUCUGUCAGAUUUGGGUUAUAAAAACCACACAAUGUUGCAUUUUGAGUUAUAUUAUGAGCAGAAAAUGGGGCAAAAAAGUUCAAACAUGCUGACAUGACUAAUGUUAACAACUAAUGUCAUAAUGUGUUUUUGUGUGUUUGCGAGCAAACUUUAACAAGAAAAUCCAAAUAAUGUUGUUCCUGAUCAGCCUUUAGUGGUAUUGAGUGUCAGCGUAAAAUACUGCAAAGUACAGUAUGCCAGUGAUCAUCUAGUACGCAUGCAUGUCUUUGGCAAAUGGCUCUUUGGUUGACUUUGUUGUCAUAAAUGAAUGUCUGCUACCUUUCUUUGUCAUUCGUGUAUUUGUACAAGAGAAAAAAAACAAAAGAAAAAAAGAUUAGCGGUAUCACAAGACGAGACGAUACAGGAGGUUCGGUCUACAAAACGGGAUGAGAUUUUACUUUACUUUUAAGAAAAGUACAAUGAAAAGAAUCUAAAAAAUAUACGACAGUAUAUUGCAAUCUACUAAUAUCAUUUCUACUGGGUCACACUCUUCUGCACUCUGUGUGUAUGUGAGCCGCCCCGCCUCCACCCACCGAGACAAAGAGACUGUAUGACUGACAAAAGGGCUCACUCCGUUCAUGCCGUUGUUCUAUGGAACAAACACGAAAGUAAUGCACAGGCGCUGAAAGUAAUGCACAGAGUGAGACGAGAAAAGCAGACAUGCAUGCACAUGGCGGGCAAAAUUAUCCAGUUCAUUUUCAUUUAUUGUCUGAUUACUUCAUUUCUUUAUUAUCACCCAAGGCCUAGUGCCCAAGAGACAGUUUUUUUCUGAAUGAAACAUCUUAAUCUUGUGACACCGCUAAAAACUAUAUUCUAAGUAAUUAAGUCCAGCGUUGCCUCGCUACAUCGCGGUUCAGAUUUCGCGGAUUCGCUGUUUCGUGGAUUUUUUUAGUGCUAUUUUGCAUGUUUAUUUUUUUUAACAGCGAAUGAAUGCACAUUGUGUUUUGUGUCCUUGUGGUGUAUUAGAGCGAUCUAUCGGUGCUCUGUUGUAUGUGUCUGUUAUUGUAUUUACUACUGCUACCAGUAGAGGGUGUUGCAUACUCAUGUGAGAGUUGAAGACGUGUCCAAUCUUCAUUGGCUAAAUGAGAACCCGUCCUUUGUGUUCUGCAUUCUGAUUGGCCGUAGACCAUUGUCAAUCAAUCUCCUUUUUGCAGAACACCCUGUUUCCUGUUGUAUGAUCGCUAGCUGCUAGCAAUCAUACAUGCUGGAUGAAGGCAGAAGUUACGUGGCUGUAGGAUGCCUGGAAUACUGUAAUGUCUUCAGGUCAUGGAGGACGACGAGGAGCAAUAUGCUUUAAAACAAAACGCUACGCUUACAAAAACGCAACAGCCUAACGGCGCCAGGACAAGCCACGAUCAGAGGAGUGAAAUAUGCGUGAGUCACUUAAUUUCCUGUGCCCAAUCUUGUAAGUUGAUCAUUAAAA